AUGACCAAGGGCUUUCUCUUCUUCGUGCUCGCGCUCUUCGCGUCUAGUGGCUGUCACGCUCUCGCAGCUGCUGCAAACGGACAACUGGCUGAGCUGACAACGACGAACUCGGACCAAGAAACCCCGCUGGACACAGACGGCAAACGAAUGCGUCAAGUGGGUGACGUCACCAACGAAGAGAGGUUCUUUAGCACAAGUGCCGUAAAGGAGUACUGGAUGAAAACCUUUGAGGAGUACUGCACGAUGGUGGGCGCAAUUUAUGCCCGUCUGUCGUCCAUAGUCUUGAGUUGGGGGCCUGUCAAACAGCUCAUCGAAGCUGGACGAGAGUCGAAGGUCGUCCAACAGCUGCGACAGUGGGUCUCUCAGGUAUUGGAGGAACUUGAUAUCAAGUUCAGAUCGCCUCCUGGAGAAACGAAUGUUGACGUCAAGUCUGGAUCGCCUCCUGGAGAGGCGAAUUUUGACGUCAAGUCUGGAUCGCCUGUGGAGAAGGCAGAGCUUCGCAGCAGGUUAGGGACGCUUGCACGGAAGUUGAAGAUUAAGCAUCCGGCCAAAAUGUAUGCGUUGAAAUCGGCGACUGACGCUUUCGACGAAAAAGUCAAAGCAGCUGACGCAUUGAUCCCACAGGCUCCAUCUUAUAAGUCUGAUAAGAAAGAGGACACGGCGCUUUUUGAGAAGCUACAUGCCGAAGGAAUUGAACCAAAACAUUGUGCAGCUGUGCUCGAUAAUCGCGCCAAGGGAUCGCCAUAUUUCCACAAGAAAGACUACGCAUAUUACGCAGUCCAUAACUGGAUAGCGAGGUACGAGUUGUACUACCUGGAGAAGUCGAAUUAA